UCCGCCUGCCUCUGCCUCCCGAGUGCUGGUAUUAAAGGUGUGCGCCGCCACCACCCAGCACCCAACAGGUCUUUUUAAAUCAGGAGUCACACAGCUCUACAGACUACGCUAACCACCCAUGGGAGGAUCAGGUUAGCCUUGACUGCAUAGAGUGUAUUUCCAGACACAGGCAGCCCUCACCUCUAUCCAAUUCUAGAACAUUCUGUCUCCUCAAAGGAAAGUGUAUCUGCAUGAGAGUUUAUUCCAUCUCAUUCCCAGCCCUUGGAUCCCCACACCAAGUACGCUAUUGUGUCUGGUUCUCACUGAGCCCCGUGUCCUCAAGGUUCUGCCACGCGGUUUCACACUGGCGUCUCUCCUGUUCGUGGCUGUGUAGUAUUCCUGCCUGUGGACGAAGUGUGCUGUGUGCGUUGGUGGACAACCACUGUCCAACCCUUCAUGUACUGUGACUCGCUGCUGUGGGCGCUCCUAGUUUCCCCACGAGUGUCUGGAAAUGUGUUUGUGGAGUCAACUCUAGGCCAGCGUUUGCCACUGAGCGACUAAGAAGUUGGCUGACUGCUUCCCCAGAGUCCUGAGGCUUCAGCUCCCCACACCAGCGUCAGCACGGGCCAUUGUUGGCUUUUGAGUCUGGCUAUCUUUGGAUACGUUUAUUGAGAUAGGCUCCUGCGGUGUAGCCAAGGGUGUUCUCACAAUCCUCCUGUCUCAGCCUCAAGGGUGACUGGAAUUAGUGCCUGCUCGGUGCCUGCUCAGUCUACUGCAGUACAGUACGGGGCUCCUGGGUAGGGCUGAUGCUGCCGGGGUUGACGAGGGCUGCCCGGGGACGUGGGUUUGCUCUGGGGCCUCUGUCCUGCGUGGCCAAUGGUGUGAGGAUCUAUGGGAACCCUGUGGCCCUGUGGUCCUGACAAGAUGGCCAGGGCUCUUUGUCCCUGGAUGGGAUCCUGCUGGCCUGGGCUCCUCAGCCUCCUUCCCAGGAGCUGACACUGUCAGGAGAGGCCCCAGUGCCCAGGGCACUCGUAAAUGACUACAGCCCUGUGGGGAUCACACCUCUGUGCCCACAUUGGAAGUGUCCUCUCUCUCUCCCUCACAGUCCCUGACACCCCAGCUCCCUCAGGGACACCAGGAAUGAGCACUGGUGGCCGUGGGGUGAGGACUCUUGAGAACAUGGUGUGAUGUAGGGCUGGGGAGCCCUAGCUCGGCUAAAAGGAGGGACAGAGGGACUUAGACCUCAGUUCCCUUAGCCCAGUCCCCUCCAGCCCCUCAUCCUUUGUCAUCCUUGGUGGGGUGGGGGGCAGAGCAGAGCUCAGUGCUUCAGUAAUCCUGGGGAAACUGAGGCUUUCUCUGCCCCCAUGGGAGGAGUGGGGCAGAGCAGGCGCUGAACCCGGCAGGGUGCGCCGUUGUUGACAGCCCUUCUGGACCGAUCCGCCCCCUACAGUAAUUCUCCGCACUCUGCCAGUAACUGCCCUGACUUACCAGGCAGGCAUCAUUUCCUGAAACUCAGCCCAGCCUUAGGGGAAGUCGGGAGCCGGUGACUAACCCUCAUGCAAAUGGGGCCGGCAGGAUCGCUGCUGCCUCCGUGCCCCACGGAGCUGCUGAGCCUGCGGCCACCGUGGUCAUGAGUGGUGCGCUCAGGCAGCUCUUCCAGGGGGACACAGCGGCCACUGCCCCACACCCCGACCAUGUCGCAGCUGCGCUUCUGGCUGCAGUUCGCCUCACUCAACAAGGACCCUUCAUGCCUCGAGGACCUCUCCAACGCCUCCAUCUUCUCCUCCUCUGUGGAUUCCCUGUCAGACAUCCCCGAUACACCUGACUUUGUGCAUGUUGACAGCCUCAACGAGGUGUCCACCAUCUGGGAUGUCAGCACCGCCUCGGCCACCCAUGACAAGCUGUUCCUGCCCAGCGGGCCAUUCUCGGCUCUGGAAGACACAGUGACGUCACUCUCCAGCACUCCUCUUCUCGUCAGCUACCAGUCACACAGCCAGCCUGAGGAGGAGGAGGGAGAGGAGGAGGAGGAAGCAGAAGAGCUGGGCCACGCUGAGACCUAUGCCGACUACGUACCGUCCAAAUCUAAGAUCGGGAAGCAGCAUCCAGACCGCGUGGUGGAGACCAGCACACUGUCCAGUGUUCCUCCCCCAGACAUAACCUACACCCUGGCACUGCCCGCCUCAGACAGCGGGACCCUGUCUGCUCUACAGCUGGAAGCCAUCACCUAUGCCUGCCAGCAACAUGAGGUCCUGCUGCCCAGUGGGCAGCGUGCUGGCUUCCUGAUUGGGGAUGGAGCUGGCGUGGGCAAGGGCCGCACAGUGGCUGGCAUCAUAGUGGAGAACCACCUGCGGGGGCGCAAGAAGGCGUUGUGGUUCAGUGCCUCCAAUGACCUCAAGUAUGACGCAGAACGGGACCUAAGAGACAUUGAGGCCCCAGGCAUUGCAGUGCAUGCACUGAGCAAGAUCAAGUACGGUGACAACACUACCUCAGAGGGCGUCCUCUUUGCCACCUACUCCGCCCUAAUUGGAGAAAGUCAGGCAGGUGGGCAGCAUCGCACACGCCUCCGUCAGAUCCUGCAGUGGUGCGGCGAGGCCUUUGAUGGUGUGAUUGUGUUCGACGAGUGCCACAAAGCCAAGAAUGCCAGUUCCACCAAGAUGGGCAAGGCCGUGCUGGACCUGCAAAACAAGCUGCCCCAGGCCAGGGUCGUAUACGCCAGCGCCACAGGUGCCUCCGAGCCCCGCAACAUGAUCUACAUGAGCCGCCUGGGCAUCUGGGGAGAGGGCACACCCUUCCGGACCUUUGAAGAGUUCCUGCAUGCCAUUGAGAAGAGGGGAGUGGGCGCCAUGGAGAUUGUGGCCAUGGACAUGAAAGUCAGUGGCAUGUACAUCGCACGCCAGCUCAGCUUUUCAGGGGUCACCUUCCGCAUCGAGGAGAUCCCGCUGUCCCCCGCCUUCGAGCAGGUCUAUAAUCGGGCAGCCCGGCUGUGGGCCGAAGCCCUGACCGUGUUCCAGCAGGCGGCCGACUGGAUCGGCCUGGAGUCUCGCAAGUCCCUGUGGGGUCAGUUCUGGUCGGCACACCAGCGCUUCUUCAAGUACCUGUGCAUCGCAGCAAAGGUGCAGAGGCUGGUCGAGCUGGCCAAGCAGGAGCUGAACCAGGGCAAGUGUGUGGUCAUCGGGCUGCAGUCCACAGGCGAGGCGCGCACGCGGGAAGUACUGGAUGAAAACGAGGGCCGCCUGGACUGCUUCGUCUCUGCUGCAGAAGGUGUCUUCCUGUCCCUGAUUCAGAAGCACUUCCCCUCCACCCGGAAGAGGCGUGACCGGGGAGGCGGGAAGAGGAAAAGGCGGCCUAGGGGCCGCGGCGCCAAGGCUCCCAGAACGGCACUGGAGGCGGCAGGAGUCAUCCGAAUUAGUGACGGCAGCAGCACGGACUCGGAUGCCGGCCUGGACAGCGACUUCAAUUCGUCCCCAGAGUCGCUGCUGGAUGACGAUGUGGUCGUCGUGGAUGCCCCGAUGCUCCCCACAGAUGACCGAGGUCCCCUGUACCCGCUUCAGAGAGACCUGCAGGGCCCUGGUGUCCUGGAACGUGUGGAGCGGCUGAAACAGGGCCUCCUGGCCAAGGUGCGCACACUGGGCCGCGAGCUGCCUGUGAACACGCUGGACCAGCUCAUCCACCAGCUGGGGGGACCCGAGCGCGUGGCCGAGAUGACCGGAAGAAAAGGCCGUGUGGUGUCCAGACCCGAUGGGUCCGUGGUCUUUGAGUCCAGAGCAGAGCAGGGCCUGUCCAUCGACCAUGUGAACCUCAGGGAGAAACAGCGCUUCAUGAGCGGCGAGAAGCUGGUAGCCAUUAUCUCUGAGGCCUCCAGCUCAGGGGUCUCCCUGCAAGCCGACCGCCGAGUGCACAAUCAGCGACGCCGGGUGCACAUGACCCUGGAGCUGCCCUGGAGCGCAGACCGCGCCAUUCAGCAGUUUGGCCGCACCCACAGGUCCAACCAGGUCUCAGCACCCGAGUACGUCUUCCUCAUCUCGGAGCUGGCUGGGGAGCGCAGGUUCGCUUCCAUUGUGGCCAAGCGGCUGGAGAGCCUGGGUGCGCUGACCCACGGAGAUCGCCGGGCCACCGAGUCCCGAGACCUGAGCAAGUACAACUUCGAGAAUAAGUACGGCACCCGAGCUCUCAGCCGCGUCCUCACCACGAUCCUGGGCCAGACGGACAACAGGGUGCCUCUGCCCCAGGGCUACCCGGGAGGGGACGCCGCCUUCUUCCGGGAUAUGAAGCAGGGCCUGCUGUCUGUGGGCAUCGGCGGCCGGGAGUCGCGCACAGGCUGCUUGGAUGUGGAGAAGGACUGCUCCAUCACCAAGUUCCUGAACCGCAUCCUGGGGCUGGAGGUGCACAAGCAGAAUGCCCUGUUCCAGUAUUUCUCCGACACUUUCGAUCACCUCAUCGAAAUAGACAAGAAGGAGGGCAGAUACGACAUGGGCAUUCUGGACCUAGCCCCUGGUAUCAACGAGAUCCAUGAAGAAAGCCAGCAGGUGUUCCUGGCACCUGGGCAUCCACAGGAUGGGCAGGUGGUCUUUUACAAGAUCAGCGUGGACCGCGGCAUGAAGUGGGAAGAGGCGUUCACCAGGUCUCUGGAGCUGAAGGGCCCCUACGACGGCUUCUACCUCUCCUACAAGGUACGAGGCAACAAGCCCAGCUGCCUCCUGGCGGAACAGAGCCGCGGCGAGUAUUUCACCGUGUACAAGCCCAACAUCGGCCGCCAGAGCCAGCUGGAGACCCUGGACAGCCUGUGCCGCAAGUUCCACCGGGUCACUGCGGAUGAGGCCCGGGAGCCCUGGGAGAGCAGCUACGCCCUGUCGCUGGAGCACUGCAGCCACGCCACCUGGAACCAGCGCUGCCGACUGGCACAGGACGGCAAGGGCUGCGCCCAGGGCCUGCGUCUCUGCCACCACUACAUGCUGUGCGGGGCGCUGCUGCGCGUGUGGGGCCGCAUCGCCGCCGUCAUGGCGGAUGUCAGCAGCAGCAGCUACCUACAGAUCGUGCGCCUCAAGACCAAGGACAAGAAGAAGCAAGUGGGCAUCAAGAUCCCCGAGGGCUGCGUUCGCCGUGUGCUGCAGGAGCUGCAGCUGAUGGACGCCGAGGUGAAGCGCCGCAGCACCCAGGGGCGGGCCGCGCGCCCCCCCACCCCACGCGCGAUCGCGCUUCCCUGCGGUCCUGGUGAGGUGCUGGACUUGACCUACAGUCCCCCAGCCGAGGCUUUCCCGCCGCCUCCACGCUUCUCCUUCCCCUCGCUGCCGCUCCCAGACCCCAGCUCUCUGAUGCUGGGUGCCAGCGACCCUUCAACCAACCCCGCGGAGCUGGCGCACCAGGGCUGCGACAUCAACUUCAGGGAGGUGUUGGAGGACAUGCUCCGCUCUCUGCGCGCGGGGCCCGCUGAGACCCCUGCGCCUCUGGUGGGCAUGGGCGGCGGCACGGAGCGGCAAAGCGUCAUCCACUUCAGCCCGCCCUUCCCGAACUCGUAGGCAGCCACCGUGGCCCCUGGAGUACAGCUGUCCGGUGGGCAGCAAGACCCACCAGCUCCUCUGCGAGCAGAGAAGUUCCCAUAACUACUGAGGGCGCCCGGCCGCAGUGCCUUCCCCUACAGCCAGCCUACUGCGGGGCCGUGCCCAGCCUGGAGGCCGUGCGGUUCAGUGGCCCCAGAGAGCUGGUAACUCAGGAAAUCAGGUGCUGAGGCCCCGCUGUCUAUGGGGGCUCCACGGGGCAGACCCCGUUAAUAUAUGCAAUCCCCUGCUCCCUAAAUUAUUGUCACCCGCCCCUUCCCAGCCCCGGAAUCCGUGGGCAACCGGCGGGCCCUGGUUUCUAUGUAUUUAUAACUCGUGUACAUAUGUAAAGGUCUUUUUUAAAUAUAUGCGUCUUUUGCCUA